AUGAAAAGGAAUACUUAUCUUAAUAAAGAAAUUCUAUCACCCCAUAUAUCAAGAAGUCUCCUGGAUGGUAAGAAGUCUCAAAAAAGUGUAGAAAAGAAGACAUUGUAUUUGAACAAUAAUAGAAGAAGAAAUAGGAUAGUUAGUAAAGAUCUGAGUGUAAAAGAAACUGUAGUAGUUAAGAAAUUAACAAAUGAAGACAAAGCAGAAGAAGUUGAUAAUAAAUAUAAAGAAGAAGAAUUAGAGAAAUCAGUUUAUAUACUAUCUGAAUUUGAUAAAUAG